AGGACUUCGAAGCUUACUGAACUCCAAUUUUAAAAUGUCGAAAUUGAACUUUUUCGGAGCUAAACCGACGUUGGGAUCCAGAUUGUUGGGUGGCAGAAUCCGUUCUGAUGUUUUGAUAACGAGUUUACUUAAGAACAUUCGCUCGUUUAUUUUAUUCGCUCUUUCGCUUUUUUCUCGAUGCGAGAUUACAUGAAGCGAUGAGAUGUUUAUACUUUUGUCAAAUUAUCAGAUAAUAACAGUAGAGCUUUAUUUUUACAAGCUAAAAAAUGACAAGCAUUCGAGAAAAGCAACAGAGCGUAGCACAGGACAGGCCGAUUUUGCUCUGUUGUGGCGGUGGUGUAGGUACUCUUGUCGUUAUUUAGUUGAUUCGGCCGAAUGAGAGGGGAUCGAAGAACAGCUAGAGCAGUCUUUUUUUGAUCAUAAUUCUGCUAGUUAGUAGUCAUUUAUCUGCUGAGCCAGAGAGUCGAUUGUUAUAUUGACUCGGCCACUUUUCAAUUGCAUUUUAAUUGUAACAUGUCCAAAUUAACUCGCUACAAGUAAAUUACUCACUAGCUCUUGUAAGCCAAUCUAAAGUCAGACUAAGUGGAUCCAGAAAAGCAGCGAGCUUGUUUGUAUCCUCUCACCUAUUCACAACACAAUCACAAUAAUCAACAAUAAUACAAUUCACACAACAUAACAUAACACAUCACAUCGCGCGCGCCAGGCGAAGCCAUCUCAUGAUACCUGGCGACCACACAACCAUAAGUCCAUAACAGCAGAUAGACCUCAUCACGGCGAUACAUCAUCUCAGAACUCCUCAUCAUCACCGACUGGCUUGACCAAAGCCACACGUAAGACCAUACCACAACUAUCAUCAAAUCCAGUUAUCAUCAUCGAAAAACAACAAGCGAAAAAUAAACAAUUCAUUGUAAACAAUUGAUUUAUCAACUUUCAAGUGAAGAUGAAGAUGACUACGAGGACACUCCUGGAAUCUCGUUAAGAGUCCCGACGUCUUCAGCUAAUCGCGAUUCUGCAUUUUUACCAAAAAAUGAUUAAUAACAAGUGACUAAAAGUCUGCCUUUCUGUCAAUCGGUGAUAUUCAAUUUCAUUGAUACAGUUUGCUUGUAUCAAAUCAAUCCAGUAUCUCCAGUAUUUGAUCAUCAAUUUUUAAGUCAUAAAUAAUAAUCCACUCAGCCAUGCAGAUGCAACCGAAUCCGAGUUCUUUGAAGACCUUACCAAUGCCAAACCCUGGAUUUCUUACGAUAGAUACGCAGCCACUGCAGCAGAACCAGAUAUCCAACAACUCCACACUUUUAGGUAUGAAGAGCCACCUACAACCAUCUAACCUCAUUAUCUCGAACCAGACUAAACAGGAUGUCGAUGAAUACAACUUUGUUGCACGCCAUACGUCUCAAAUGCAGCAGAAACAAAUGGAUAGUCUCUUAAUGCCAGCUCAGACAAUACCAAACUCAGUAACCAGGAAUCAUGGAUCCGGUCACCCGACGAUGCAGUGCCAGGCGACGAACGAUGACAUCUCGGAUCUGCCAUCGAUCAGCUCAGUCGCGAGCAACGACAGUCUUCUAUCUUUAUCCCUCGGCACGCCUUCAAGCUUAAGCACUGCCAAUGCGCCGGCAUCAUUUGUUUUGGAAAAUGCAGCAAGAUUGAACAGUUUGAUCAGAGGUGGAAGAGAUCCAGCUGCCGAUAUGUUUCACUCGGAUGACGAAACCGAGAGCGGAGAUGAAGAUAACGACCCGACAAAUCCGCAAUGCGCUAAAAUAGGGAAAGAUAAGCAUGACAAUUUAGUUACUCGAGGUCUUACCGAUGAUACCACAAAAACUACGAGCAGAAAGAAAAAUCGAAAGAGACCUCUAGAAAAAGGAAAACCACCCUACUCUUACAUCGCUUUAAUAGCGCUUGCAAUUGCAAACUCACCUACAGGUAAACUGACAUUAAAUGAGGUUUACAAGUGGAUCGCUGACAACUUUGCCUUCUACAAGAGCACCCGAAAAAAGUGGCAGAAUUCGAUCAGACAUAAUCUGACCUUGAACGAUUGCUUUGUGAAGGUGCCAAGGAUGAAUCACGGAGCUUCAGGAAAAGGUUGCUACUGGAGUUUGCAUCCCCGCUGCAUCGGCAUGUUCGAAGACGGGAGCUACCUGAGAAGACGGAAGAGAUUCAAGGCAGACGACUCAGUCCUCGGAGGCCAAGGAGGCACUUCCAGUCUCCAUAAGUACAUCGCCAUCCGAGGAGCUAUGCAGGAAUCUCCGUCACAGCCAUCGGACGGAAACUACAGGCCAUUCUCAAUAGACAACAUCAUUUCAUCACCUGUCGCCGCUCAAUUGGGGGGACCAGGAGCUAUGUCAAUGUUUCCAGCUCCGAGCGCCGACAAAACACGGAGCCAGGGUCCGAACGAUAACAGCUCUAUUGGAAACUUGAUCUCGGGGUCCGGACCGUCCUCAUUUAAAACCAACUCAUUCUUCCCUCUCACGCCUUUUGGAACUACAAGUAAUCGCGUUCCUAGUUCUCAAAUCCAAGAAAACGCAAUUAACCCUACUUUUUCGUAUCUUCCAAACGCAUCAUCUCAGAACUCACGAUCCAAUGCCACACCUUCUUUGACUCCGCCAACAACUCAGACUUCCAAUAUGAGUCAUAAUAUCCAGCAAUCCUCUGUAGCUCAACUGCAACAACAGCCUGGUGCUCUUAGCCGCAGUGUCAAUGAGACAAACUCAAACCCGGCAAACACGCAACCGCCACCUGCGGGUAUAAGUUUCGAUAUAUUAAGCAGUGACCAUCUUGGAGGAAAACCUCCAACAAUCUCUUCUUCAGCUAGUCAGCAACAACAGCAGCACCAUUUUAAUCUACAAACUGCCAAAGUAGCCGCCGCUCAAAACGCCCUGGCGGCGUCUCAACAUGGCCAAAACCAGAACCAUCACCAAGCAAUGGCCAACUAUCUUCAGCAACAAUUGAACAAAAACAGCAGUCUCAUGGGUGCAACAAUGCAACAAGUUCACAGUUUAGCUUCGCCUUAUCUCUACAAUACCAACUCAUUCACGCCUUCAGUCAGCAUAAACAACAGUCUAAACUCACCUUCAGUUUACAAAAUGACUGGCUACAACCCAGUUGCAGGGGCUUCAUUUGGGAGCCAAGUUAAUAAACUUUUCCCUCACAAUCCGAGUCCGGGAUCUCUGGCAAGCAGUCCAUUUAUACCGCCAGCAUCCCCCUUAUUUAAUACUCAAAGAUACACAAACCCGUAUUCGAACCCGGGUAGCGUGGGAGGCAUGAGCCCCGCAGUCGCCGCCUUUCCGCCGAAUGUAACGAUAAACACAAACUACCAGCUGCCUCCACCGCCAGUUCACCGCUACAACCCGGCGGCCGUCGCGGCGGCUCUGAUGAACAGCCCCUCUGCUGCUGCCAAUUCAGCUGCCAAUCCGUACCAGCCAUUAGCAGGACUUCAUUACAACCCUUUUGCGUCAUUUUCAACUACUAAUUUUUGCCUACCGACUAUAUAGUUUUUACUUUAUUGUUUUUCUAUAUCGCUUAAUUUACUUUAUU